CGACCGAGCGAUGCGGGAAGUGACGGUUGAUCGUCGUCGAUUUCCAUUUCCAUCGACUCCGUUCGCAAGCUCGUAGAAAGCACUGCGAAGGUCAACUGAGAAAUACGGAGGGGAUUGGUGAUCAUGCGUACGUAGGGAAGAGUAAUCUCGCGUCGGAUACGAUGCCGCGAAAAUUCUCGCUUCAAACAACCCUACGACGACGACCAACGCGUAUCUCGACCGGCUCGCACCCCUAUCGACGCGUCGCGCCUUCAAUUGUGAGAAAAAAGGGAGAAUCGGCCAAUUGCGUCGACUAUUCUCAACCUAUCGGUGUCUUCGGCGAAGGACAUCCUUUCUUUGCUGAAAGGGAUCUCCCAGCGCGAUUAGUUGGAAGAGAAGCGAAAAAAGAGAAAAAUUCCUGUGAGAGAUUGCUAUCCUCGCCUGACAUAGCGAAGACGAACGAAGCAGCCCUCUCCAGAGACUAUCAGAGAUAAAUCGUUUCAGGACGUACGUACUCGACACGAAGAAUUUAAAGAGCCAAUUUCAUCGAGCAGCGACUUCAUUGUGCAUUGAAAAUCGAAAAAUUGGUAUAGAGGUCCAAUCGUCGGAAUUCACUUUGCAGUAAAUUAUUGAUUUUACUAAAAAAAAAAAAGAAACGUUAAUUAUAAUUCAUUACGAGAUUAUUAAAAUUACGCGUGAGUGACAAGUGCACGUGAUAAAUUGGUAAAUGUUCGCGAAUAAACACGGCGAACGAAAUAAUUAAGUCGUCAAAUCAAGAUUAAAUAAGUGUAAAGAAGCGAGAAAAAAUGAAGCUUAGGAAAUCAGUGUCGAACGAUCCUGUUAGUCGGCGCUUAAUGAGUGCCACGUGAAUGUGCGGAAAAGAGGACAACUACCGAGAUGAAACUGGGAGAUAAUAUGACUAUGGAAGCUUGCAACGUAUGGAGCGACAUGGGUAGUCCGCGAAAAUAUCGGCCACCACGAAUCGGCGACAUUCCGCGAGGUUCUGCGGUCGAUAGUUCUCCCUCAAAUUCACCUACUUCGAAGACGACAGGUGCUUCUGACACUGAACAAUUAUCAACGGAUGCGCCAGGCCCGUCGAAAGUGCUAUCGAGUCCGGAGUACAUCCAAGAAGUACGCAAAGACAGUGCAUUGUACCUUGAAGAGGGUGAGGGUACGCUAAAGACUGUGACACAAACUACUACUGAUGUUCUCCGAAGACAGAGCAGUGGCUACGUGAGCCGUCGAGAUAGUUUGGAGGACAACAGAAGAAAUUCCACGAGUGACACGCAACAGCAAGAGAAGGAGAGAUACAAAUCGAAAUCAAUAACUCUUGGAGCCUUGAUUGAGGAUCUUGCUGGUAGAAAAGAGGAGAACAUUGAGGAGAACAUUGAAAACAUUAAGCCAUCCGCAGAGACAGCGAAGGAGAGAAUGCCAACGACAGAGAUAUACAGAAAGGUGUCGAGCUCUGACCUCGACAUGCCCGACGUUGAUGAGGCAAAGGAGGUCGUCAGAGAGAAAACUUUACCCCGGCAAAAGAGUUUCGAGACCCAAGAGAUCACCGAUGGACUGACGACACGUCUCAGCGAUAUGCAAGUGACGUCUAUUUUCAAGAACCCCAAUAUUUACCUUCCGCGCAAUAGCGGCAAAAAUGCACCAUCGGACGAGGCGGGCACGACUCAGCGAGUUGACACAGUCAUCGAUCAUUCUGGCGGCGACUCGAAUUGUAAGAAUGUGCACAAGACAAACGUGGAAACUAUUAUUGCCUCGGAUAAUAAUCGGACUGUAGAUUUGAGAAAAUUAUCCUUGCCCGACGAAGCAGGACCGAGCCAGCGACUGUUCGAGAAAGCUGACGUCACCUACAAAUCCGUUCAUUCUCGCUACCCUCACGCCAGCCCUCAUAGAUCGCCCAGGAAACGCAUCAGAGCGCUCAACAGGGAAUGUUCCGUCGAUAGCCAGCAUGACAGCCAACAGCAAUUAAACCAAUACAAAGUGCUGAACGAAAUCGGAAAGGGCUCAUUCGGUGUCGUGAAGAAGGUUUUCAACGAAGAGGAUGGCACGUAUUACGCCAUGAAAAUAGUGAGCAAGAGGAAAUUAAUGAAAAAAACAGGGAUAUUUGGGAGAAUACCACCGCGCAGAGCAGGCGCUGAUCCUUUGGCGAAAGUUUACAGGGAAAUCGCCAUUCUGAAGAAACUCGAUCACCCCAACGUCGUGAAACUAGUCGAGGUACUGGACCAUCCCGACAAAGAUAAUCUCUACCUGGUCUUCGAACUAGUCCAUAGAGGUGAAAUCCUCCUUAUACCCACCGAUAAACCUCUGAAUGAAGCAACAGCCAGGCGUUAUUUUCGCGAUGUUGUCUUGGGAGUCGAAUAUUUGCAUUACCAAAAGAUAGUGCAUCGUGACAUAAAGCCAAGCAAUCUAUUGGUGGAUAGGGACGACAGAAUUAAAAUCGCUGAUUUAGGUGUCAGCACGGAAUUAAGAGAAUCUGGAGAAUUAUUAACAGGACAAGCUGGUACACCGGCUUUCGCAGCGCCUGAAACAACCGUUGCUAACGCACAGUACUUGGGACCGCCCUGCGAUAUAUGGUCGAUGGGGAUAACAUUAUACGCGCUCGUGAUAGGAGAUCUUCCUUGGCGCGCUUCCGAUAGUACAGCCAUUCAAGAGGUUGUUCGUUCAAAACCGCUCAUAUUCCCUGAUAAUCAUUUAUCUUCGGAAUUGCGGUAUUUAAUUGAGGGAAUGCUGGAUAAGUCGCCGGAAACCAGGCUCAUACUCCCGAAGGUAAAGCAGCAUCCGUGGCUGACAAAUAACGCAACCGAACCACUGCCGGCCGAGGUCGACAACUGCCGCUUACGGGUCACUGUCACCGAGGAGGAGGUCAUAAGACUCGGCACUCUGCUUCUCGUCAAGAAUAUGUUGAAACAGCAUAGCUUUCAGAAUCCAUUUCUGCCUAAGCGGCUCGGACGGACAGCGGACAACGACGCCGGCACGGAAUCGCCGGCGACAGGACCAAAAGUCGGCGUAUCAUCCUCGCCGCACAGUGAUGCGAUGAGGGAUGUGAAAGCAGAACGUUUUCACGAGGCCGGGAGAAGCAAUUCCGCGCCGGAUUCCUACGAUUGGCACACAAGCGGCAGUCAAUCGCCCGGACUGUGCAAGGAAAUCAUAUCUGUCAUAUCGAAAAAUAUUUUCUGAAAUAUGAAGCUCUUGGGAUACUGUCUUUUUUGUCUCUUCGCCACGAGAGUGCAAUCAAAGCCACAAAUAACGAAGCUGUUUCCAGUGGAAGGAUUGACGGCAUAUCACAAACAAUUUAACGAUACCACGAAAUCGUUAGAUAAAUUUUGGGAAAAACUACGCACAACAUACAAUUUUGUUUUCCAACAAUCCGAUAACACCAGCAACGUAGAAAAAAUCCUAGCGAAGAACGCAUCGAAUCCUAAUUUGCAAGCUUUGAGACUAAUAUCAACUGACACGCUAAAAAAUAACUAUACAAAUCUCAAGUAUCCCAACAAUACUUUCCUGGAUCAGAUAAAAUCACUGUCGAUACCACAGAAUCGUGACAGCAAAGCGACUUCGAGUAAUCUCAAGAAAGAUUCAUCCGUCGAAACAAAAACCAACGAAAAUAAUGUGAGCUCUACGAACUCCAAUAAAAAGAGUUCUGAUAAAGUUAAAAUACUACCUGAUGACGAUUGGUUCAAUGACAUUGAACCUUUGGAACAACUGGAACUGCAAGACGAAGAGCUGGAUAAGAAAAAUGAGGUGGAAAGCGUGACGCCAGGAACGACCCUUCCGACGACGGUGGGUCGUCAUCUGCUUGAGUGGCUUGGAACUCUUUUCGGGCUUACUUAUAGCAUUUACAGUAAAUUAUCGAGCGCUGCUUGUGGAAACGAAAAGCACGACAAUGCAACCGGCACAAUGAUAAAAUAAAACGACAAAAAGUAAAAUAAAAUACGUUAGAUGAGAAACCAUAUUACGUUAAUCUAUUUAUAAAUUUGCACAUUAAAUAAGAUAAUUUAAUUCGUGAUAAGUUAAUUUAUUCGAUACAAACAAUAACUAUAUAUCGACUUUAUAAUCGCAUGUGCCUCACGAAAUGAAUUUUUACUCACCUGACAAUUAUAUCUCGUAGACCUCUUGACUUUUGUAAUUAAAUUACGAUUUUUUACUAGUAUUCAACCGAUUAUUAGGUACCGUACAUAAAAUUUAAUGGUUCAUUUUUCGUUCACACAGUUGUCAAUCUAUGUGUACCGAGAAUGAUCCAAUUAAGGACCGAAACGAAAAUUUAUAAUAUUUGUUUAAAUAAUAUACGUUUGUCAUAUAAAUAAUCUGUGUUGGCUCGUAUUUCCUUUGUAUGCAUAUUAAGUCCAAGUGUAUGCAAUUUUAAUUUAUCCAAUAUAAAAAUUGCGUUUAAAUACAGAAAAAUGUUACAUUUAAUAUUAAAGGCACGCCAAGAGUAUGAGUAAAUAUCAAAUGAGAAUUUAAUAUCAGUUUAAUACGUUUAGUAUCAUAUAUAACAUAUAAAGGAAAAAAGAAAGAGGAGCACAAAGAGAGUGAAGACAGCAGAUAUCGAAUAAUUUUAUACCUUUGUACUGCUGUCAUAUUGCGCUGCUGUAUUCCGCUGUAAAAAAUAUAAAAUAAAUAAAAUUUACGUUAUAUAAUAAAUAAAAUUA